AUGCCAGCUCUAAGCUUGCCAGUCGCGGCGCUACCUACCGCACAGCCGUCUUCCACCAUUGUGCCGGGCCAAACACUUCUCUACAACAACUACAGCGGAGUAGCUCCACCUUUCCCCGGCAACGUUCAAGGAGCCUCGCUGCCGACAGCAUGCGGAAAACCAGGGCCAGAUGAUGUUCUGUGGCAGAACUUGCUCGCCGCUGAAUGGAUCGUCUUCUCGUUCUACCAACAAGCCGUUGAGCGAUUCGACGCAGCCUCGUUUACAAGUCUUGACCUGCCAAAUACGACGUUCGAGAGAAUCAUCGAAAUUCGAGAUAAUGAAGCUGGGCAUUUGAAUGCCUUCUAUGAUCAAAUCAGUAAUGCAUCCACAAAACCCGGACCAUGCAGCUACGACUUUGGCGUCACAGCCCCAGGAAGCUGGCUCGCCCUGCAAGUCCUAAUCGAAGUCUCCUUAAUGGCCUUCCUCACAGGCCUCGCGCAAGAAGCCAAACUCCCCUCUACAGGAGCGGCCUUGGUCGCCGUCGCCGAAGUAGAAUCACGCCAUAAUACAUGGGCAUUGAUCGAAGCCUGGAAUCUCAACCCCUUCUCCGGGCCCAUCGAUACAGCAUACCCCUAUGCCGACCAGAUCCUCGCUUCCACCAAUGCCUUUGUCGUGAAUGGAUCCUGUCCGAAGGAGAACCCUCCUUAUCCGUAUCCUAACCAGCAUCUCCCAGCGUUGGAUUGGAAUAGGAAGAACGAAACGGGGCAUACAGGCACUGACAUCACUUUCACAUUCACGGAGCAGAAAGCUCUGUUCGACGACGAUGGGGAAUAUUUCGCCGUGUUUUUCCAUGCUUUGGCCAAUAUAUCCGUGCCGUUCGACCCGAAGAAGAGGACUUCGCGAGUGCCCGCCGACUUUGAUGCUGGGAAGGGCAUUGUCAUCGCUGUUAUUGCGGAUCAAUGGGGCGCACCGACGAAGGAGAGCUGUGUCACAGCACCGCUUAUUCUACUUCAGCAGCCAGGCAGUAUCACACAAUUAGUUUGA